AACACUUUGGGAUGUCACAUCAACAGGAAAACCUUGUUUGUGUAAAUACACGGAUAUACAAAAUACAACUCACAGGAUUCUCGUAAUUUCACAUGACCUAUUGUUAUAACAUCCAUUGUGGCUUUAAGCUACAUCACAUCACUACUUCAUCAAACAAAUAGAGUUAGUGGUACAUGAUGACUCCAUCAAACAACUGUGAAUGACAUGUGAUUUGUGUUUCAUUGAAUUGAAAAUAACAAAAUACAUUUUGAUGUAGAUUCACACCAAUUAGGAUAGUUUUACCUGAACCUUGUGACUAUUAAAUGAACAAGAAUGGAUGAGUUGUGCAUAUGAAUGGCGAGAAGACACCGACACACUACUGCAAGGACAGGUCUAAAGGACUGGGUAAUAUCUUAAAUGUUUGUGAAGGAAGAAAGGGUUGACCUCUUUGAGAAGAAAGGAGUAACUGAACAUAGAAAUCUUCGUUACUCUUGAUGUAUGAUUCAAAGAUAUUUGUAAAUGUUUUAUUUUUAUUUACUUGUGGGAACAUAUACAAAUUGAAAAAGAGACCUACAAAAAGUAAGGAUUGAAUUUCAUGGAAAUACCAGACCCAGCCUUCACGAUGGCCAGAGCACUCCUAUUGUGGUCAUUACUAUCUGUGGUCAACAUUGUAUUGGUCACUACUUCUGGUCAGUGUCAGGAGAUUCCAGAGAACUACCUUAAACAAACGGGCAAAGAUUCACAGCUGGUUUCCAUUCAGUUUGAGAUAUGCAGGCCAUGUCAGCCAGAAGGUCAAACAGGUCAGUCUGAAGGUCAAGGUCUUCCAGUCAUGAUCAACUCAUGUAGCCUGCAGAUCAACAAAACUAUAACUAGACUUUUCUUCACUAAUAAGACAAGUGAUGACAGUUGUGACGGUGAUGAUUCCUACUUAACACUCCUGGAGGUUUCUGCCGUGGACAAAUUCAUAAAACUCCUUGCCAAAUCAAAACCUAGUCAAGGUAUUAUACUCAACGUAACUCAAAUACAACUUACAGGAGCGUUCAUCUUUGACCUGCAAUGUAAGACCGAAGGGGCUGAGAUUUCACCCGAAGCCAAGCCUAGUUUCACCUCUCCAUUCAAAGGGGCUGAGGUCAAGACACCACCAUCCAUUGAUGAUAUUUUGGCAGAUAAGUACUGGAUUAUCAUAGUUGUGAUCCUGGCCCUCACAAACCUGGUGCAAGCAGUGUGUCUAUUCUACAAAUGCCGAAGAUACAGGUUUGAAGUGGAUAGGAUACCCACCACCUAUUGUCGGCAAACAAAAUCUCGAAAAACAGACAAGGAAGACUGGCAGUUAAAUCCACAAAAUGAUAAUGAAGAUGAAAGCCUGAGGUUCCAAUCAACGGAACAAAUCAACACAAAAACAAAAUCAUGGCAUAAAAAAAAGAAAUCAAAGACAAACCAACAUAAAAAACAUAACAAUGUCAACACAGAAAAUAAUGAGACAAUGAACCAGGAGGCUGGUAGAGACAUGUUUCCUGUCCCCAUCAACAGCCACGACCAUCCUCUUUCCAAGGAAAAUGUUGAUGAGGAUUAUCUCCCCAUGGAUAAUCACCAAAAGAAAUCAAAGACAGACCAACAUAAAAAACAUACCUAUGUCAACACAGAAAAUAGUAAGACAAUGAACCAGGAGGCUGGAAGAGAACUGUUUCAUGUCCCCAUCUACAGCCACGACCAUCCUCUUUCCAAGGAAAAUGUUGAUGAGGAUUAUCUCCCCAUGGAUAAUCACCGAAAGAAAUCAGAGUGCUAAAUACACCCUAUGGAACUAGACUACAGUCGCACUACUAGUUAAAGUAGCCUGACCUUUUGUUUCUUACGACUUUAAUAAAGAUAAGGAAAUGUACAAAUGGUGUGGAAAUGUAGAAACAUACAUUAUAUGUAGGAAAUAUUAGUGAAAUUUAAAUGAUAGAUAUUGAUAAUGCUCAUAUAUUGAUAUAUGUUUAAAAUGUGCAAAACUGUGAUGUACAUGGAUUUUUUUUAUACAAAAAAUGACACAUG